AAAUGUCCCUGAGCCUCCGUCUGCUGGUCCCGUGCUCCUGGACUCUGAAACCGGGCUCCACUCGAGCCCUGUUGACAGUGUAGACCAUACCAGAGGAGAUGAUCUGUCCACCAGAUCAGGACCAGAGCAUCAAGACCUGAAAACAGGAGAAGAAGAAGCUGAGAAUGACAUGGAUUCCAGAAACAGUGGAGAAGAAGUGUUAGACGGAGAUGGCAGCUGGACUCCAGAUACUGAACUGAAGACUUGCAGAAAACCAAGAAGCAAGAAAGCUAAACUAGAUGUGAAGAAGACUGUGGAGAGUGCAAAGUCUUGUAAAGUGUGUGGAGUCUGGUACUGGAAUCUGGGGAGUUUGAUCAUCCACACCUGGAGUCACGUGGACGAGCAGCAGAACGUUUGUGGGGUCUGUGGAGAGAAGUUUGAAUCUGUAGAAGAGUUAAAAGAACAUCUCAGAAAUCACAAAAAUGUUCACAUCUGCUCACGCUGCGGGAAGACUUUCAUCUCCAUCACCAGUCUGAACAGGCACACCACUAAACACACAGGAAACAGUCAGUUUAAAUGUAACGUUUGCAAUAAAACUUUUGCUUUUAAGCAUGCCCUGAACGCUCACCUUUCGGUUCACAUGGAAGAGAAACCAUACAGAUGUGAUGUUUGUCCGAAGUCGUUUGGUCUGAAGUCACAGCUCACAGCUCACAGAAGGACACACACCGACAAAGAUACAUACCACUGCAAAAUCUGUGGUAAGACCUCAGCUCACCGCAAAUUUAUUAUCCUCCACAGGCUGAUCCAUUCAGAGGAAAAGCGCCAUGGAUGCAAAAUGUGUGGGAAACAUUUUAAACUUCCAAGUACUCUGCGGGCACACAUGAAGACCCACACUGUCAGAGAUCGGUCAUUCCUCUGCCACAUCUGCUCAAAAGAUUUCCCAACAGAUCAACGCCUGAGGGCUCAUCUGAGCACUCACAGCAGCGAGAGGUCAUUUGUUUGUGACCUGUGCAGUAAGGCCUUUUCGUCCAAACAACUACUAAACUCUCACUGCAAAUGUCACUCUAACGAAAGACCGUUUGAAUGCUCUGAGUGUGGACGUGCCUUCAAAGUUAAAUCUCACUUGAGGAACCACUUGUUGACCCAUUCAAACGUCAAACAGUUCGUCUGUGGGAUUUGUGGGAAGGCGUGUUAUCGAGCAGAACACCUGAAGGUUCACAUGAGGACCCACAAUGGAGAGAGACCCUACAAGUGCACCCUUUGUGACAAAUCCUUCACCCAGAGCCACUGUUUGAAAACACACAUGAAGAGCCACCAUACCAAAGAAAACCCUGUCCAUGAGAACCAGACUAAAGAAAAUCCUAUUCCUGAUGAUCCUCCCACUGAUCCAUCUGAUUCCUUCAUGACUUCAUCAGUUGAACCCCUUCCUUUCAGUGGGCAGGAACACCAGCCCUACCCUAAUGAACUUCCCCAUGACUGAGCUCCUCACCCUAUUCCUCAAGCUGAGCCCAGAUACUCCCCAAAUAAAACGUUGGUUACGUACUGU